UCCCCAUUUUUGUCUUUUUCUUUUUUCUUUUUUUUCACCUCACCCCCUCUAUUCCUAUAAAUAAUAAAUAAAUUCCCCUCUCCUCCCCCAAAGACUCAUCUCCCUCUUCUCCUUCUUCGUCUUCUUCUUCUUCUUCUUCUUCGUCCUUCUCGGAACCCUAGAGAAUUUAGGGUUGUUCGAUUGGGGGCAAUGGGGACGUUCGAGCGAUCGAAGAAGAAGAUCCAGCUGUGGAAGAAGGCCCUGAUCCACUUCUCCCUCUGCUUCGUCAUGGGCUUCUUCACGGGCUUCGCCCCCACCACCUCCACCGCCUCCCUCUUCUCCGACCGAUCCUCCCCGCCCGCGGCGCCAUACCACCCCAUCGCCAACAUCGGCCUCAUGCCGGACCACAUCGAAGCCCUGGAGCGGCCCCCGGCGCCCAACCGCACCGUCCUCCUCACCCAAUCGGCGGCCCCCGGGAACCCUAAACCCUACCAGAUCUCGGCCGCGGCGGCGGAGGACGAUGCGGCGGAGGCGAACCCGCGGCGGCUGCUGAUAGCGGUGACGACGACGCGGUCGGGCGGCGACGGGGGCAGGGAUCGGGCGGCGCUGAUGCGGCUGGCGAGCACUUUGAGAUUGGUGCCGCCGCCGCUGCUGUGGAUCGUGGUGGAGGAGCACGAGCGCGCGCCGAGCACCGCGGAGGCGCUCCGGGGCACGGGGAUCAUGUACCGGCACCUCACGUUCAAGGAGAACUUCACGGAUCCGGGCGCGGAGGCGGAGCACCAGCGAGAGGUCGCGCUCAACCACAUCGAGCACCACCGCAUCUCCGGGAUCGUCCACUUCGCCGCCGCAUCCAACGUCUACGAUCUCCAGUUCUUCGACGAGCUGCGCAACAUUGAGGUGUUCGGGACAUGGCCGAUGGCGAUGGUGUCGGCGAACAGGGAGAGGGUGGUGGUGGAGGGGCCGAUUUGCAAGUCGUCAAAAAUUGUGGGGUGGUUCUCGAAGGAUGUGGGGAAGGUCGACAUGGCUUCCGCGGCGGAGAGCGACGACGCGAGCGCCAAUGGGUCGUCGGAGCCAACGGGCUCCUCCUCAUCAUCAUACACCUCCUUGAAGAUCCCGAAGAUGCGCGUCCCGCGCUUCGCUUUCAACAGCUCCAUACUGUGGGACCCGGAGCGCUGGGGCCGACCCACCACCGUGCCGGACACGUCGCAGGACUCCAUUACAUUUCUCCAAGAGGUAGUACUAGAAGAUGAUACAAAGCUCAAGGGGAUCCCCUCCGAUUGCUCCCAAAUAAUGCUGUGGCAACUCCACGUACCAAGGACUAAUCCUCUCCCUUCAAACCGAAGUGAGAACGGGACAUAGAACAGUUGAAAGAGAGAAAGAGAGAGAUUGAAGAGAGUUUGGGGGGGAGUUAAUUAUGUAAAUGAGAAAAAAAAAAUGAAGGAAUUAAAGUUAUUACUAGUUUUUCCAAAAUUCUUUGGGUUCUUUUGUUUUUAGAGGGGUGAGGGAAUCAGAGGUCUCCCCCCACCAAGCAAUAUUAUUUAUUGAGAUUAUAUUGGCUAUUCUUUUAACUCCGAUCGAUCCUUUUGUUCUUUUCCCCUCUUUCCUUUUU